AUGUGGGUGUAUUGCAUCGCUGACGGAGUCCUUGAUAGUAUCGUCGCCGUUCAUGGCCUAGGGAAAAACUCGAUAGAGACAUGGACACAUCAUGAAACGGGUACUUUAUGGCUUAGAGAUCUCCUGCCACAGAGUAUCCAUAACGCCCGAGUUCUCACAUUUGAUUAUGACGCCAAUCCUUCCCUUUACACUGGAAAAGAUUUUAUGGACAGGGUUCAGAGUCAAGCAACUACCCUAGUGGCAGACUUAGAGGGGGAGAGGAGCUUAGAAAACGCUUCUAGGCGACCGGUAAUCUUUGUCUGUCAUGGGCUCGGAGGCAUCAUUGUGAAGAGCGCGCUUGUUCAUUCAGCAAGUCGAACAUCCCAUUUCACAUCACAUCUCAAUGCUAUAUAUAUCUCGACGUUCGCCAUUUUGUUCUUCAGCACUCCGCACGAUCACAUCGACGUUGGGAAAUGGCUUCCUUCGAGCGCAUCGACCAUGACAAUUCGCCAACCAAAAGAGAAAAUCAGUGUGCCUGGAACGCCCAUUACUGUGCAUACCUUGGAAGUGAUCACAAAUCAAUUCGCUCCACUCAUGAAGAAGAUUCAUAUGUACCUUUUUUGGGAGGGGGUGAGGACACAACUUGCAAGAGGCGCUGAGUUUAUGGUAGACCCGUCCUCCGCUGCUCCAUACAUAUAUGAUACGGAAAGAUGUGGAAUUUCGAGCUCCAACCAUUCAGAUAUGACGAAAUUUCACCAAUCCGACUCUGCUUACCGGACAGUUAUAUCGGCCCUCAUGAAGUACUGCUACUCAGCGCCAGCAAUUGUCACAUACCGAUGGAGAGAAGCAAUGGAAUUGAUAAUGCGGAUGCGAAGAAACGAAGCUUGUGAAUUGACAGGCUUAUUUCUUGAAAUUCCAGACAAAGUCCCGAUUACAACGGAAAGCAAGACAGAUACCAUCGAUGUCGCUUUGCAGAAUGAGCAUUUCCACCUCCCAUGCACAGUUUCCAUGGACUUUAUAGGCCAGGAAGAUAUUAUGGAAAGACUCCAAAAUGCGUUUGAACCAGAAGACCUGACGUCGUUUAACAAACAGCAAAAGCGAUUUGUCGUUUACGGCAUUGGUGGCUCUGGGAAGACACAAAUAUCUGCAAAAUAUGCCCAAAAUAACCGACAACAAUAUUGGGCAAUUUUCACCAUUGAUGCGUCUUCUACCCAAACUGCGAAAGAAUCAUUCUGCAGAAUUGGACGGAUGGGGGGUCUCGAAGCCACUGAAGAUUCUGGCAAACACUUCCUCUCCCAAGCUCGAAAGAAUUGGCUGCUCAUAAUCGAUAACGCUGACAAGCCUGAUAUAAAGUUCGAAAAUCUCAUUGUGCCUGGGGAGAGAGGUCAUAUCCUCGUAACUACAAGAAAUCCCAGUCUUCGAAGGCAAGGCAACGUCGGGAGUGUGGAGGUGAAAGGUCUUAAGCAAAGAGAAGCUCUCCACCUUCUCAUGAAAGUGGCAGAUAUUCUCCCCCCGUGGGAUUUAUCCUCAGAAACAGCAGCAAAUGAGAUCAUCAAGACCUUGGGUUAUCUUGCCCUCGCAGUCAUUCAGGCGGGCAACCUAAUUUACAACAAAAUGUGCAACUUAAAAGAGUACCUGCGAUUCUAUAGACGGUUUUUGGAAAAUCGCCAGAGAAGAAAAUCUAUUUCAAACUCUGAAGAUCCUGCUGGGGGGAAGACUGAGAAUGAUGAUAUCUAUUCAGCAUUUGACUUUUCGUUUCAAAACAUCGUGUCCAAUAAUACGACCGCCAGUCAAGAUGCAGUGGAGAUUCUCAACAUUGUUAGCUUCUACCAUUUUGAUAAUAUACGAGUGGACAUCUUCGAAAGAGGCAUGAGCCUUGAGCGAAGCCAGUUGCGGCGAUUUCGAACCAGAUCUCUCCGGGCAGAAUUUGUACAAGCUAUUGUCAGUCGCUUCAGACCACCCCGGGCCCUUCCCCGAAUACUCAAGCAAAGUGCGGAUGAUAUGCAUCCAUUGUGCAUCAGGGAGGCUCUUCGAGAGUUGUACGCAUCUUCAUUGAUAACAUACGGACAUGACGAACAGAGUUUCUCAUUACAUCCUUUGGUUCAUGCUUGGGCAAGAGACCGCAUACCUCCUAAAGAGAGGAGCCUUUGGGCAAUAAUUUCCUUUCAUACGCUCAUGGCCUCCGUACCACUCCCUCCAAUGGAUACGGAGGAGUCUCAGACUAGUUUCCGGAGAAGUCUGAUUCCCCACCUUAAUGAAUGCCUUGAGGCCUGUCCGGCCGAGUUCAGAGAAUUCUCUGGGCUAGACAUUGGAAAAUAUCGCCGAUUCACCUUGCUCUUCCAGCCAAGUCUAGUUUUCACAAUUCGAGAGAUGAUUCAAAAUGCUGCGAAGUGCGGGAUUUUGCAUGCUGAGACAGGUGAUUUUUCGAAAUCCGCAUAUUACCUUUUUCUGGCAAAGGAGUCGCUGGUCAAGUUUUUGGGGCCAAAUGACGCAAAAACGACAGCCACGAUGCUGGGUCUGGCCAGUAUACUUUGGGGUCUAGGGCAUCUAAAAGAAGCCAUAGCCUUGCAAGAGAAGGUUGUUGAGUCGCGGCAACGGGUCUUAGGACCAGAUCAUCGUGAGACCUUAUUGGCUAUGGACUCCCUUGGUCAGUCUUUCUGGCUCAAUGGACAAUAUUGUGAGGCCCUUGAGCUUCAGCAACAAACCGCAGAGAAAAUGCAGAGACAUCUUGGUGAAGGGGACGAUGACACGCUCAAAGCACUUGACCACUUGGGUGUCACAUUAAACGCUUGGCACCGGGUUAGAGAAAGCAGAGACAUACAUCAAAAGGUUCUGAAAAUUCGAAUACAAAAUCUGGAGGAGAGUGACUUGAGGGUCCUCGAAACCAAGAAUAAUCUGGCAAUGGCCCUAUUUGAUCUGAGAGAGCUUGAUGACGCGAUAUCUUUGAUGGAAGAAGUCUAUAACGGGCGCAAGGCUCAAAUGGGCAAGGAACACCCUUACACGCUCUGGGCGCUAUGCUACCUGGCGAAGAUAUAUACGGAAGCGGGAGAGCUACAAAAGGCUGAAGGUAUUCUUAUCGAGGGAAUUGCUGCUGGUAAACGAAGCCUUGGCGAAAAUCACCUUGGGGUCUUGGUGGGCUAUGGCGAACUUGCUCGAACUUAUUCUCGUCAGGAUCGCCUUGACGAAGCUGUGACACUUCUCACGACGACCAUCGAUAAGAUCAAGGUUUCUCGAGGUAGCGAGCAUCCUGAUUACGCUACCGGAAUGUGGAGUUUAGGUCUAUUAUGGGAGAAAAAGCAGGAGCAAAGCAAGGCCAUGAAUGCUUAUCAAGUCGCGUUGGAAGUUACAGAGAAGAGGUUAACAGCAGAGCAUCCGCUCUACAAGAUUAUCUCAGAUCGCAUCAUCCUCCUAACAGAGAGCUCUCACGGCAACGACUGCCAGGAGGCUAUAGAAAAUGACUCGGUCACAAAUGGCGUUGGGCACAUGCAAAUCAAACCUUUGCAUACUAUACAGACCUGGUAG